AUGACACAUGAUAAAAAGAAAUCAAAGAAAGAGCAUAAACGGUCAAGAAGUAGGGAAAAGCACUCACAUAGGAAAUCAAAAAAGCAUGCACGAUCCAGUUCUUCAUCCGCGAGCAGUGAGUCGGAUAAAGGUGAUUCUAGGUUUCAGACAGUUCUUGAUGAGCAGCGUGCAGAAAAGAAACGUUUACGAAAGCUAGAAAAGGAGAAAUUGAAGGCAAAAGAAACCCCUGAGGAAAAACGAGCGCGGCGUUUGGCAAAGAAACUCAAAAAGGAGGAGAAAAAGAAGAAGGAGAACAAGAGUUAUUUGCCGGCUCAGUUAGCUUACACGAAUCUUAACAAUCCAUUCAACGAUGUAAAUCUUACCGAGACGUUUGUAUGGAGUAAAAAACUGGAGCGAGAAGGCAAAGCUGGGCUUUCGCGAAAGGAAAUAGAGAAGGAGAUGCGUCGUCGAGUGGAGAAAAACCUGCGCGAAAUGGAGGAGUUGAAGCGUGCUCGUGAUGCUCGCCUGGCCGCUCGUGAAGAUAUGGAGAUGAUGCAACGUGAUGCUGAUCGGAAAGCUCAUGCCGAGUGGUCCAGCAAAGAAGCCGAGUUCCAACUGCAACAGGCCAAGGUUCGGUCUCGCAUUCGCAUCGAGCAAAAUCGAGCUAAGCCCAUCGAUUUACUUUCAAGGUACAUUCAAUUUGGGGACGAGAAGAAAGAAGACGAUAGAGAGGAAAAGCACGACGAUGAAUUUGAACUUGAGAAUCCACUUGAGUACCUCAAAGGUUUGACCCAAGAUGAUUAUGAAGAUCUGGUCGAGGAUAUCAAGAUAUAUCGUUCGUUUGAUGGCGAUCGUCAUGGUGAAUUUUGGAGAGAUAUUCGUUGUGUCGUAGAUGAUGAGCUACGCAAACUAAGAGAUGAUAGGGGCAGGCUUGGCACUUCUAUCCAUGGUUCAGUCCAGCAAGACGUCGAUAAAAUUUUCAAAGUGAGUCGUCUAUCUCUAAUUUUUCUGGCUGACUUUCUCUCUUUUGUUGUUGUUGUUUUCCUUUUUCCUCUUUUAGCCCUUAACAUGCUUAAACGCAACAUUUAUUUCCUUACCCGGUAA